CAUGGCGGCUCCCGUCGCGCUGCACAGGCUGCUGGCGUCGGUCCUGAAACCUUUCGCUGCCGGUUUGACAAGGAUGAAAGUGGGGCUCCGGAGGCGGGAGAGGAGGUCAUCGUACUUGCUGUUGGCUCCAUUACUGUGUCAGGCCAAACCACAGGCUGAAGUGCCAUCUCCUUCUUGCAGUGCAUAUGCACACAAUAUUCAGCGAUUCCAGUGGAUUGGGGAGUUUGUUCCAGCUUUUGGAAUUUCAGGCAGCCAGGUGAAGGUGCUAAGUUCCCCCUCAGAGUUCUAUGAAACAAUGAAGGAACAUAUCAAAAUGGCUAAGAAGAGAAUCGUUAUGGCUUCUUUAUACCUUGGGACAGGACCUUUGGAGCAGGAGCUGGUAGAUUGCAUUGAAGAAACACUGCAACGAUCACAGGAUGAAACUCCGAAAUCUGAUCUCAGAGUUUCUGUUCUGCUGGAUUGCACAAGAGGGUCUAGAGGCAAGAAGAAUUCUCGAACUAUGCUGAUUCCAUUGUUAAAGAAAUUUCCAAAUCAAGUGCGUGUUUCUUUGUAUCACACUCCGGAUCUCCGAGGUAUUUUUAAGUUCCUUCUCCCAGAACGGUUCAAUGAGAUAAUUGGACUGCAACACAUCAAAGUCUACCUCUUCGACGACAAUGUCAUUGUUAGUGGAGCAAAUCUGAGUGAUUCCUACUUCACAAAUCGACAGGAUCGUUACGUUUUACUCCAAGAUUGCCAUGAAAUAGCAGAUUUCUUUGAUGACCUAGUCAAUGCAGUCAGUGAUAUUUCACUUCAGUUACAGCAGGAUGAUACCACUGACAUGAAUCAGGGAAUGAUCCACCCAUUCACAGGUAACCGAAAAGAUUUCUGUGCAGAAGCAAAUAAGAGGAUCAUGGCUGUGGUGAAUGAAGCAAGAAGCAAGCAGCUGUACAGAAACCAUAUAAAAUGCCUGAGUGAGAACAAUUCUGAACAGUUGUUAAUACCCAGUGACAAUGGUCAAGCUCUGAAAUGCACAGAUACCUGGAUCUAUCCCAUAAUACAAAUGAAAUCAUUUGAAAUUAGAAUAGACGAGCAAGUGACUGAAACAUUAAUGACUAGAGCUGAGGCGGAGUCUAAGAUGUACUUGACUUCGGGGUAUUUUAACCUCACUAAAGCAUAUAUGGAUCUUAUUUUGGGUACCAGUGCGGAUUAUCAGAUACUGCUCGCAUCACCAGAGGUAAAUGGCUUCUUUGGUGCAAAAGGUGUGGCAGGAGCCAUUCCUUCUGCUUAUGUUUACAUUGCCAGACAGUUUUACAGGAGAGUGUACCAGAGUGGCCUGCAAGAUAGAAUAAGACUACAUGAAUACUUCAGGGAAGACUGGACUUUUCAUGCAAAAGGUCUGUGGUAUUAUCUGUCAGGAAGCAGGUGGCCUUGCCUAACUUUAAUUGGUUCUCCUAACUUUGGGUACAGAUCAGUGCAUAGAGAUCUGGAGGCUCAGCUAGCAAUUGUCACAGACAACCACAAUUUGCAGCAGCAAUUACAGCAGGAACAAGAAAAUCUGUACUGCCUCUCGAAUGAGAUUUCGACUAUUACAUUUGACCAACCAAAUAGACAUGUGAAGCUCUGGGUGAAAUUGGUAACUCCACUAAUAAAGAAUUUUUUCUAAAAUCUAAAGGAAUGCCAUUCCUGUUGUUAAAAGUCCAAACGUAAGUAGGACCUCGGCUCCGGGUUUUGUACACUGGACACUCGUAAAUGUUUUUUGUUUCUUGACGAUCUACUGG